AAUUUGUUUUCUCUCAAUCAAAUCAAACACUUCAUUCGAUAUUUCUCAAUUUCCGGGAAAAUGUCUGUGGUGCUAGGAAAAUGCAGCAAAAUCCGCCACAUUGUGAGGCUUCGCCAAAUGCUGCUGCGGUGGAGGAACAAGACCCUAAAGUCGACCGGCCGCAUCCAGUCCGAUGUGCCGGCGGGACACGUGGCGGUUUAUGUGGGGACGAGUUGCAGAAGAUUCGUGGUGCGCCUGACGUACCUGAGCCAUCCCGUCUUCAAGAAGCUUCUCGUCCAAGUGGAGGAAGAGUACGGGUUCAGUAACCAAGGCCCAUUGUCAAUUCCCUGCGACGAGUCCGUCUUCGAAGAAGUAAUGCGGUUUAUCUCCCGUUCGGGUUUGGGGCACUCCGGUAGGUUCGUAAACAUCGACGAUUUCAAAGGUUACUGCCAUUUGUGGACCGAAUCCCGUCCUUUACUUCAUGGGUUUGCUGAGGAAACAAUCUGGUAAUUCUGGAAAAAGAAAAACUGAGAGGAAAUGUGUUCUGAUUCUUUCCCGGGGGUUUUUUUAAUACUCACUUCCGAGUUAGCUCGAGUGAACAAUGAAUCUCGUAUUG